AUGUGGCGGUCUGUGCCGGCGGGCCUAGCGCCUGUGCUAGAGCAGGUCGCCUCGGUCACCCGCGCUGAUCGCGCUGUCGUCCGACGGACCGCUGUCUUGGUCGGUCUCGGGAACUAUACGCACCCAAUGACGCGUCAUUCCCUAGGGCAGUACAUCUUGCCUUCGUUGCUGCUAUGGGCCGAGGCGCAGGACGCGGCUCUGCGCGCCGCCAUUGCGCGCCGCGUCUCGCGCUUGCCGUCGGACGCGGACUCGUACCCGCUGCCUGUCGCUCCGCCUACCGAUCCGUUCCGGUUCGUGGCGCCUGCGCAAGGGUGGCUGGCGCGCGUGUCGCUGCUUGUCGACAGUGCGCCUCCUCCCGGCGAUGCAGCACGUCGUGCGCCCUCGUUCACCUUGGCAUCAUACCCGUACAUCCUCCUGGACGUACUGCUUUACGUCCCGCGUCUGCUCAUGAAUGUCAAUGGCCGUGGCGUCCAAGCCCUGCUGCAAACCUAUCCGACCUUAUCGCCACGUCACAUUCUGCUGCUCCAUGACGAACUGCAGCGAGCGUUUGGCAAGGUCUCGUUCAAGGCAGGAGGAAGUGCGGCUGGGCACAAUGGUGUUCGGAGUGUCCAGCACGUCCUGCGCUGCCGCGGUGCAUCGUUCCAAGAGCCGGACGUGGCGCGUCUUCGACUGGGCAUUGGACGGCCAGACGACACCCGCGGCGGCGACGUCAGUGCCUACGUCCUCGGGACGAUGCCGGACGCUUGGCUGGCGACGUGCGUGGCUACGCCGCCUACGUUUGGGCCCCUUGUCACCGCUACCGGCCAGGCUUUUACUCGCUGGAGCCUUUCGCUGUAG